GAACCCUCUACAGGGACGUCAUGCAGGAGAACCAUGAGACAGUGACCUCGCUGGAAUUCCCCGUUCCCAAACCUGACCUGAUCUCCCAGCUGGAACGAGGGGAAGAGCCGUGGGUCCCAGAUCUCCAGGCCUCUGAGGAAAGUGUGAGCCCGAGAGGCACCUGCACAGCACAGGCAGUGAGUCCUAUCUGGCUUCUCUCUCUCCCUGCAGGUGAUAGGACAGUGAGUGAGAACAAAGAGGAGAAUCAGCAGCAGGAAGGUCCUGAGCAAGUGGAACCACAGGAGAGGUUUUUGAGCAGAGCUGAUGGGAAUUUUUCCCAGUGCUUGGAACAGGGAGAAGCCUGGGGAGAUCAACACGGAUCAGAGAUGCAGCUGGGAAACUAUCCCAGGAAGAAACUGGAUGAAUCCUCUGAAUGUGAUGGAGCAUGGAAGGAUCCCAAGGAAACCACCCUCCAGAAGACAAGUCACAAUGAAGAGAAACCCUACAAAUGCCUUGAGUGUGGGAAAAGAUUCCAUUUCAGUGCAAACCUUCUUACACAUCGGAGAACCCACACAGGAGAGAAGUCCUAUGAAUGCUUGGACUGUGGGAAGAGCUUCCGUCAGAGGUCAGGCUUUACUACACACCAGAGACUGCACACAGGAGAGAAACCCUAUAAAUGCUUAGACUGUGGGAAAAGCUUCGUACACAAGUCCAGGCUUAUUGUACACCAGAGAGUGCACACAGGAGAGAGACCCCAUAAAUGCUUUGACUGUGGGAAAAGCUUCAUGCAGAAGUCAAGGCUUACUGUACACCAGAGAGUACACACAGGAGAGAGACCCUAUAUAUGCCGUGAGUGUGGGAAAGGUUUUAUUCAGGGCUCAGGGCUUAUUAGACAUGAGAUCAUCCACACAGGAGAGAGACCCUUUAAAUGCCAUGAGUGUGGGGAAAGUUUUAUUCAGAACUCAAAGCUUAUUACACAUCAGCGAACCCACACAGGAGAGAGACCUUAUAAAUGCUUUGAGUGUGGGAAAGGUUUUAUUCAAAAUGCAGCACUUAUUGAACAUGAGAGAACUCACACUGGAGAGCGACCCUAUGAAUGCCUCGAGUGUGGGAAAAGUUUCAGUUUGAAAUCAACCCUUAAUGCACAUCGGAAAACCCACACAGGAGAGAGACCCUAUAAAUGCCUUGAGUGUGGGAAAUGUUUUAGUGAGAGCACAGGACUUCUUAGACAUAGGAGAAUCCACACAGGAGAAAGACCCUAUAAAUGCCAGGAGUGUGGGAAAAGAUUCAAUGUGAAAUCAACCCUUAAUCUACAUCAGAAAACGCACACAGGAGAGAGACCCCAUAAAUGCUUGGACUGUGGGAAAAGCUUCUUUCAGAAGUCAAAGCUUAGUGAACACCAGAGAGAACAUCAUGGAGAGAGACCAUAUAAAUGCCUCAACUGUGGGGAAAGUUUCCCUGACAGAAUAAAACUUACUAGACAUCAGAGAAUCCACACAGGAGAGAGGCCCCAUAAGUGCUUUGACUGUGGGAAAAGCUUCAUACACAAGUCCAGGCUUAUUUUGCACCAGCGAGUGCACACGGGAGAGAAACCCUUUAAAUGCCACGAGUGUGGGAAAGGUUUUAGUCAGAGUGAUCAUCUUAUUACACAUCAGCGAACCCACACAGGAGAGAGACCCUAUGGAUGCCUUGAGUGUGGGAAAACUUUCCGUUACCGCUCAAAUCUUACUAGACAUGGGAAAAUCCACACCAGAAAGAUGCAUUAUAAAUGCCUCGAUUGUGGGGAAAGCUUCAGUAAGAGCUCAGCGCUGACCAAGCAUGAGAGAAGCCACAAGGGUGAGAGAUGCUAGGAAUAGCUUGACUGCAGGAAAAGAUUCAAUUUGACUUGACACUUCAGUGACCCACAGAACAGCGAGACUUUGAAUGUGGGGGAAGGUUAAUUUGAUGCUCCCGGAGUAUCAGGCAUCUGCAAAUCCACACAGGGAAGAAACCUCUGAGAUGUUCUCAGUGUGGGACAUGGUCCAACGGGAGCAAACAUAAUGUUGGACGUCAGAGACUCCUCCACACAGCAGGGAAAUUCUCUCAGGGCCCUGACUGGGGCCAGCCAUGGUGACAAACCCAUUUCCUCGUUCCCACACACAUCAGGGGUGUUUGGCUGCCAAGGAUUCAGCUGCCCAUCGCUGGGGUGAGGAUCCAGCAGCAGCCGAGCAGCAGCUGGUCUGUGACCCUCUGGCUCUGCCUGGUCUAAGCAAACCCCAGGCAGAGGAGGAGAAGCCCCCAUCAGCCCCUCCUCCCUGCUGCAGCCCUGGCUGCUGAGCUGAUGGGCCACAGAUGGGGGAAGUGAGAGAGAGAAACUCCUCCAGCCGCUCCCUCUGCCUGGCUGAAGUCCCCCCCUCUCCCUUCCCCUCCCAGCCGGUAUCCGCCUGCCAUGGAGAUGAGGAGAAGGACACUAAGGCCAGGCCCCACCUUCACUCUACACACUGGUCCCCACCCCCCAUCUUCCACCAGCCCCCAGGCUGGGCUCUCCCACUGACCUGGAGCUGUUUCCUCUAUGUGGAGUGUCCCUGGCGGCUGGUAACUCCUCCCCUCCCCGAAUUCCCCAGGGCGCUGGGCUCUGGGGGAAUCCACCAUUAAGGGACCAGAGUGAUGGGCUAUGGUGAGGAAACUGGGGAUUGAAUGGUUGGGGCUGGGAAGCAGGGGGAGCUGGGUGCUGGGCUAUCGAGUGUUUGGGGAUGAUGGGAUAAGAGGCGAGGGAGAGCACAGGGGUAGAGAGGUGCUGCCUCAUCUCUCAGCUCCUGUGCCCCUUUUCCCUGCCCCCCCCCCUGCAUUCAGACAGCACCAUUAGCCGAGACUGAUUCCCACAGGGCCUUUAGUUGGCAGUUUGGAUUUCCCACCUCUGCUACAGCAGCAACAGCCUGUGAGAGGGAAGCAGCGUUGCCUAGUGGGUAGAGCAACUGGCCUGGGACUCAGGAGACCUAAGCUCUGUUCCCAAAGCUGCCAGCAACUUCUAGGGUGACCUGAGACAAAUCUGUGCCUUCCAGAGAGGGAAUAAAUGGGGAGUGAUAAUAUCAGCCUCCGAGCGUCUGUCUAGGGCAGGAGAAGUGGUUGGGAUUAGCUGGUGCGUCUCCUUUGUUCCUCCACCCCUUUUUCUAGUCUAGACUGACCCUGAGCAGUUUAUUCCAAUCCCCCCUUAGCAAAGUGAUUGUUAGUCACUAAGUCCCCCCUUCGCAGUGAGAUUGUCUCAUUCCCAGACAGCCUCACAUUGCUCCAGGUUCUGCUGAAAAGCAUUUCACUUUUUUGUGCUGUUUCUCCCUUAUCCGCCAGCAUUCAAUAGAGUCUAAAUGAGCUGGAGCAGGAAUAGCAAAAUAAUGUGGUGUUUUAACUUCUGUGUUACUUGAGGGGGACGGGGUGAGUCCGGGGGAUUCCCUCCCGCCCCCAUCAAGCUCACACAUCUUCUCUCACAGAGCAGCCUCUGCCCAAGCCGUGCAGAGUUUAUCCUUUUCCCUUUCUACCCCUCCACCUUCACGUGUGUCAUUUACCACAGUGUCCUUUCCCACCAUGCUUAGGAACCAGGCUUUGAUUUCUUUGAUCCUCAAUCAGGCCCCUGAGGGCUGGAGAAGAAAAUGUCCCAUUCCUGAAGGGGGAAUUGAAAUGAACCCAAAGCAGAGUUUGAGCUUCAAGCCCAGGCUCCAGCUAUUGGUAAAGUGGCAUCUGCAGUUUUUCCAGCCAAAUCCAGAUCAUUUGUAGAUAGGAAGUUUUUGGUGAUUUGGUUUUUUUUCCUCUUUCUUUUUUGAUGAUGAUAAUAAAGUUUUUGUCAAUAACCAGCCAAAUAAUGCGGCGGUGCUGAGGAAAGGCGCUUUAGCCUGUUCAGCAGGAAAUGGGCAAAUUUGUUCCCAAGAUUUGAGUUUUAGGAUUCUCUGGGAUUUCACUUCAUGAACGGGAAAGUGGUUUAUAGCCCACCCUGGAGUGUGGGUUUUUCUCUUUUAGGUGAAGGCUGUUCUGUCACGUAUUUGACAUUAAAUUAGUUUGACGGGAUGUAGUUCAGAUUUCUUGGGGACUUCAAAAGAGAAAUGAUAAUUUGCCACAAUAGUCCUCACUGAUUUUCUUUUCACAUCAGAUUUGCUUUUUCUUUGAAUAAUGAAAAUGACCAGUAUCUAUUAGCAAAAACAAUGUGGGUGAGUGCUGGAUACGCACUCCAGGAGUCAGGGACUGCAAUGGGGAAGGAAGUGACUGUCUGAUCCCUGCAGAGAUGCGAGAUACAGGCGGGGGGGUGGGGGGCGAGCAGGGCCUUGAAAGGGCACUGUUUGCCCUUGCAAGCCAGAGAGCUGAGUCUGAGAACUGUGAACUCACUGCACAAGUCCCAGAGAGAGAGGAAAUGUCCUACAAGUUCUGGGUGAACUCUGAAGGCCUACAGAUGAAGCUCCAAGAGGACUGAUGUGGAGAGGGGUUUGCAUCUUCCCAUUGCUGAGAGGAGGAGGCCGGGCAAAUGCCUCUCUCAUGGAUUGUUAGCGCUUUUCUACCAGCUUUAACUUGCUCCUCUUUCCCUGGGGUGCAUGUGUGGCUUGAGCUUCAAUGUGCCAAGCUGGGCAUGAGGUGGGAGGAGGGGUUGGGAAUUAGCAUUUAGAUCUUGGUUUGAAAAGAAUAAAGUAGAAUUUAGUUUCUCAAA